UACUAAAGCCCCAAUUGGGUCAUGGGAAGAAGGAACAAUCAACCAUGGCUGGUGAGGAAGAAGUGGAAGCCGAAGUCGAAGUCGAGCAGCAGCAGCCAUGUCCACCACCACUACUCUCCAAGAGUGCACAGAAGAAACUGAUAAAGCAGCAGAGAUACGAGGCCAAAAAGGCGGAGAAAAAGGCACUGCUGAAAGAGCAGAAGAAGAAAGAAGCUGAACGCAAGCGUAAAGAAUGGGAGGACAAGUUGGCCGCCGCUACGGAAGAGGAGAAGCAACAGUUGAUAGAGUCCAAACUGUCCCUCAGGAAAGAGAGAAUGGACCAACGAACCGAAGAAAAAGGAAAGAAGAUGCAGAGGCUCACUGAAGCUAAACAAAAUGGGCAAAAUGUAGUUAUUGAUCUCGAGUUUGGUCAUCUCAUGAACUCCAGUGAGCUCCAUAGCCUCGUCCAACAGAUCAUGUACUGUUAUGCCGUGAAUGCAAGAUGUAAUUCUCCUGCUCACCUUUGGUUGACUGGCUGUCAAGGAGAAAUGCAAGAUCAGCUGCAGAGACUACCAGGAUUUGACAAGUGGAUAAUUGAGAAGGAGAACCGGCCUUAUAUUGAUGCAUUCCAAGAUCAGAAGGAACGCCUUGUGUAUCUUACUGCAGACUCUGAAACAACGCUAGACGUCCUUGAUCCAAAUCAUAUAUAUAUCAUUGGUGGGUUGGUGGAUAGGAAUCGGUGGAAAGGACUAACCAUGAAAAAAGCAGAAGACCAAGGGAUUCAAACAGCUAAACUCCCAAUAGGAACUUACCUAAAGAUGUCUAGUUCCCAGGUCCUUACCGUCAAUCAAGUGGUAGAGAUACUUCUGAAAUACUUGGAGACAGGAGACUGGAAAACUUCAUUCUUUGAAGUGAUUCCACAAAGGAAAAGAUGUGAGGCUGAAUCCGAAGAGGGUGAUAAUGAUAUUGAACGGGUAGAAAAGACUGAAGGGAAAGAUGAUCACGAGUUUGAAAGAUGUGAUAUUGAACGGGAAGAAGAGACAGAAGGGAAAGAUGAUCACGAGUUUAAAAGACAGUGCAUUGAGAGUUGAAGUUUCAAAAGAUCAAGACAGUCUUUGGGUAUCAUCUUGUUCUCCAGAGCAUGUCCUGGAGAGAAGGCAAUUUAAGGUGAAAUUACCUUGUCGAGAAUGUCUUGGCAUUAUUUUUUUAUUUCUUCCUCGUGCAGCUCAUCUUUUGGGUGCAUAUGCAUGUUGGAAAGGAUAAUUUUGUUGUAUUUUGCCUUUGGCAAACUUGAGAUGAUAAACAGAUGAUAUGCUUUUGUCUAGUAGAUUUGAUCAGAAUAGAGUCCGUGCUAGGCUAAGCGUUGUUCCUGCAAAAAACUUUGCCCUGUGCUAUCCAUUCCAGCAAAUUGAUCAAGACAAGAAGGUUAUAAAUACUAUACGGAUUUGGCUUGUUACUUUAA